UAAAUUAAACAAAUAGAAGGCAAUUGCCACAAUCCACUUGAAGAUUCAUAAUGUCAAACAUAGAUAACAUGGCAGGCACCAAAGUAAGCCUGAAACUUGUGGUAGACAAAAAGAAGCAACAACUGCUCUUUGCUGAAGCAGAGAAAAAAUUUGUUGAUUUCCUCUUCACCAUUUUCAGUUUGCCCGUUGGAACAGUCACCAGGCUCCUCAGAGAGGAAGGAAUGGUAGGCUGCUUGCCAAGCCUCUACAAGAGCAUUGAAAAUCUGAGCGAUGAUUGCUUUCAGCUUGACCGGAACAAAGAUUUCCUGUUAAAGCCCAGAGUAGUCAUUCCUGGUCUUAAAGCCCCCCUCCUCUUGCCAAACGAUGAGUUGUUUACAUGCAGGAAAAACUCAGAAACUAUGUGCAGGAACAGAGGUUGCAGUGCGUAUCGAAUCCGCGAAAUCAGUUAUAAGCAGGGGGAAUCGUCAUGUUCUUCGUGCAGUGAUUUCAUGAACAAAAUCUCAAAAGAGGGAGGUUACGUGAAAGGGAUGGUUUCGUACAUGGUGAUGGAUGAUCUGGAGGUGAAGCCCAUGUCCACCAACUCCGGUAUCACUCUGCUUAGAGAGUUCAAUGUGAAGGCAGCAGGGGAUGUUGAGGAGAAAGUGGUGUAUUUGGGAAUGGAUGAGGGUUUGAAGUUGCUCAAGGCUUCUCUGCAAUCGAAGACGGUCCUGACUGAUGUCUUCCUUCCAAUUCAUCGAGCACAUUAAAGGCGGCCCAACAUAUGCAAAUUAAUUAAAAGAAGCGAGUGUUUAUCCAAAUGAUGUAUCUAUGAGAUUGCUAAUUAGGCGUUGUUUUGUGUUUUUUGUGAAGAAUCAUUAUGCUUUAUGAAAUCAGUAAUUAGUU